AUGGAUCCCCAGCUGACUCGCCUCUUGCUCUUUCUCUCCCUGCCGCCCUUGCUAGUGGGCAACCACACGGGCCGCAUCAAGGUGGUCUUCACGCCCAGCAUCUGCAAGAUCACCUGCACCAAGGGCAGCUGCCAGAACAGCUGCGAGAAAGGCAACACCACCACGCUCAUCAGCGAGAACGGGCACGCGGCCGACACGCUGACCGCCACCAACUUCCGAGUGGUCAUCUGUCACCUCCCCUGCAUGAAUGGCGGCCAGUGUACUUCCAGGGACAAGUGCCAGUGCUCUCCCGACUUCACGGGCAAGCUCUGCCAGAUCCCAGUGCACGGCGCCCGCGUGCCCAAGCGGUACCCGCACGCCCAGCCAGCCAGCAAGGCGCUGGGCACGCACGUCGUCCACUCCACGCACACUUUGCCUCUUACCAUGACCAGCCAGCAAGGAGUCAAAGUGAAAUUUCCUCCCAACAUAGUCAACAUCCACGUGAAGCACCCUCCCGAGGCGUCCGUGCAGUUCCAUCAGGUGUCGCGGAUCGACGGCUCCACGGGCCAGAAGGUGAAAGACCCUGCCCAGCCCAGCCAGGCCCAGGUCUCCUACCCGGGGUUGCCAGUGCAGAAGACUCAGGCGGUGCAUUCCACGUACUCCCACCAGCAGGUGGUUCCCCGCGUCUACCCCGUGGCCGCCAAGACGCAGCUGGGCCGCUGCUUCCAGGAAACCGUGGGUGCCCAGUGUGGCAAGGCGCUGCCGGGGCUGUCCAAGCAGGAGGACUGCUGCGGCACCGUGGGCACCUCCUGGGGCUUCCACAAGUGCCAGAAGUGCCCCAAGAAGCCCGCUUACCACGGAUCGAACCAAAUCCUGGAGUGUUUGCAGGGUUUCAAGCGCGUGAACAACACCUUCUGUCAAGAUAUCAAUGAGUGCCAGCUCCAGGGGCUGUGCCCCAAUGGUGAGUGUUUGAAUACCAUGGGGAGCUAUAGAUGUACCUGCAAAAUGGGCUUUGGGCCGGAUCCGACCUUUUCGAGUUGCGUUCCGGAACCCCCUGUGAUCUCGGAGGAGAAGGGGCCUUGCUACCGACUGGUCAGUUCCGGGAGGCAGUGCCUGCACCCUCUGUCUGUGCACCUCACCAAGCAGCUCUGCUGUUGUAGCGUGGGCAAGGCCUGGGGCCCCCACUGUGAGAAAUGCCCCCCGCCAGGCACAGCCGCUUUUAAGGAAAUCUGUCCUGGUGGAAUGGGUUAUACGGUUUCUGGCGUACACAGACGCAGGCCAAUCCAUCACCAUGUAGGUAAAGGACUUGUAUUUGUCAAGCCAAAGAACACCCAUCCUGUUGCUAAAAGUACUCACCCUCCACCUCUCCCAGCCAAGGAAGAGCACGUGGAGGCCCUCAGCUUCCCCCAGGAGCACGGGCACGGCCGGGCAGAGCAGGAAGUGGCAACUAUACCCUCUGAGAAGGAAAUUGCUUCCUUGGAUCACGGGAAAAACAAACUUGAGCCUGGUCAACCCCAGCUCUCUCCAGGCGUUUCCACAAUUCAUCUGCAGCCCCAGUUUCCAGUCGUGAUUGAGAAAACAUCCCCUCCCGUGCCUGUGGAGGUCGCUCCUGAAGGUUCCACGUCAAGUGCCAGCCAAGUGAUUGCCCCUACUCAGGUGACAGAAAUCAACGAAUGUACUGUGAACCCCAAUAUCUGUGGAGCUGGACACUGCGUCAACCUUCCAGUGAGGUAUACCUGCAUUUGCUACAAGGGCUAUGCGUUCAGUGACCAGCUGAGAAAGUGUGUAGACAUCGACGAGUGUGCACAGGUGCCAAACCUCUGCUCCCAUGGCCGCUGUGAGAACACUGAGGGCAGCUUCCUGUGCAUCUGCCCGGCGGGCUUCAUGGCCAACGAGGAGGGCACCCACUGCAUCGACGUGGACGAGUGUCGACGGCCGCAGGUGUGCGGGACAGGCCACUGUGUCAACACGGUGGGCGCCUUCCGCUGUGAGCACUGCGACAGUGGCUACCGCAUGACCCGGGGAGGCCGCUGUGAAGACGUGGACGAGUGUGUAGUCCCCAGCGCCUGUCCCGAGGAGCAGUGCGUGAACACGCCGGGCUCCUACCGCUGCGUGCCCUGCACUGAGGGAUUCCGAGGCUGGAGCGGCCAGUGUCUGGAUGUGGAUGAGUGCCUGGAUCCCAGAGUCUGCCGCAACGGGACGUGCACCAACCUGGACGGCUCCUACAUGUGUUCCUGCCACCGGGGCUACUCCCCGACGCCUGACCGCAAGCACUGUAAAGAUAUUGAUGAGUGCCAGCAAGGGACUCUCUGCCUGCACGGGCAGUGCAGAAACACCGAGGGCUCCUUCCAGUGCACUUGUAGCCAGGGGUACCAGCUGUCAGCAGCAAAAGACCAGUGUGAAGACAUCGACGAAUGCCAACACCACCAUCUCUGCAGCAACGGGCAGUGCAGGAACACAGAAGGCUCCUUCCGCUGUGUCUGCAACCACGGCUACAGAGCCUCCGGCCUGGGUGACCGCUGUGAAGAUAUCAACGAAUGCUUGGAAGAUAAGAAUGUUUGCCAAGGAGGAGACUGCAUUAAUACCGAGGGCUCGUAUGAGUGCACCUGUCCGGAAGGGUUCCAACUCAAUGGCCACAAAGGAUGUCGAGAUGUUAAUGAAUGUGAGCAAACUGGGCUGUGUGGUCCUCACGGGGAGUGUCUGAACACCGAGGGUUCUUUUCACUGCAUCUGCGAGCAAGGCUUCUCCAUUUCCUCAGAUGGUCGCGUGUGCGAAGAUAUUGAUGAAUGUGUAAACAACACUAUUUGUGACAGGCACGGCUUUUGUGACAAUACAGCCGGCUCCUUCCGCUGCCUCUGUUACCAAGGCUUUCAGGCCCCUCCGGAUGGGCAGGGGUGUGUGGACGUGAACGAGUGUGAGCUGCUGAGCGGCGUGUGUGGCGAGGCGGCCUGCGAGAACGUGGAGGGCUCCUUCCUGUGCGUGUGUCCCCACGAACAUCAGGAGUACAGCCCCAUGACCGGCCAGUGCCGCCCGCCCGUGCCGGAAGGCGUGGACCCGCCCAGGGAGGAGAAGAAAGAAUGUUACUACAACCUGAACGACGCCAGCCUCUGCGACAACGUGCUGGCGCCCAACGUCACCAAGCAGGAGUGUUGCUGCACCUCGGGCGCCGGGUGGGGUGACAACUGCGAGAUCUUCCCCUGCCCGGUGGUGGGGACGGCGGAAUUCUCGGAGAUGUGUCCCAGAGGGAAAGGCUUCGUCCCUUCCGGAGACUCCGUGUACGACAUCGGCGGUGAGAGCUACAAAGACGCAAAUGAAUGCCUCCUCUUUGGACAGGAGAUCUGUAAGAACGGCUUCUGCCUGAACACGCAGCCGGGCUACGAGUGUUACUGCAAGCAGGGCACCUACUAUGACCCCGUGCAGCUGCAGUGCUUUGACAUGGACGAGUGUCAGGACCCCAGCAGCUGCGUGGACGGCCAGUGCGUCAACACGGAAGGCUCCUACAACUGCUUCUGCACCCUCCCUCUGGUUCUGGAUGCUUCCGAGAAGAGAUGCGUGAGGCCGGCUGAGUCCCAAGAGCAAGUGGAAGACACCGACGUCUACCAGGACCUGUGCUGGGAGCACCUGAGCGAGGAGUUCGUGUGCAGCCAGCCCCUGGUGGGCCGGCAGACCACCUACACCGAGUGCUGCUGCCUCUACGGGGAGGCCUGGGGCAUGCAGUGCGCCCUGUGCCCCAUGAAGGACUCAGAUGACUACGCCCAACUCUGCAACCUCCCCCGGGCCGGCCGGCGGCGCCCCUACGGCCACGACGCCCUGGUGGACCUGAGCCAGCAGUAUGUGCCGGAGACCGACCCCUACUUCCUCCAGGACCGCUUCGACAGCUUCGAGGAGCUGCAGGCCGAGGAGUGCGGCAUCCUGAACGGCUGCGAGAACGGGCGCUGCGUGCGGGUGCCCGAGGGCUACACCUGCGACUGCUUCGACGGCUUCCACCUGGACAUGGCCAAGAUGACGUGUGUGGAUGUCAACGAGUGUGAGGAACUCAACAGCCGCAUGACCCUCUGCAAGAACGCCCAGUGCAUCAACACCGAGGGCUCCUACCGCUGCCUGUGCCUGCCGGGCUUCGUGCCCUCCGACAGGCCCAACUACUGCACCGCGGCGAGCUCAGCCUCCAGCCGGGAGCGGGACAGCGACCUGGAGUAAGGCCUGGAACCCGGGCCGGGCCGGCACACGCCCCUGAGAUGAGCAGCCUCGUGGGCCAGAGACGGUGACGCCACCCCAGGGUGCUGCAGACCCGAGAGAUGCACAGCCCCGGGGAGAGAGAGGACCGGGCUGAGCUGACCCCUCGGACAGACCAUGGACACUUCCGGGAGGGCCGGUCUAUAUAUAUUCUGUUCAUAUGUAAAAUUGAGUGGGAGAGAGGCCAGACAGCUGUUGUUUCACACAGAAGGUUGUAUGAUGAUAGUGAUUUGUGUGAGUUUAUUUUUUAAAAAAAGCUCUUGCUUGAUUAAAUUUGGCAUUUAAAUAGCAAUGGAGAUAUUUUAUAUAAUUUUCAUCUUAGGGGCUGUGCGGUUCCUUGGCAGUUUG